AUGAAAGCUUCACCGGACAAGACUGUGGACACUGACAACGUGGACAACGCCACUGUGGACGCGAACGUGAUCGGCGAUCGCGGCACUGCGGUCCUGGAAUGCGACACCGUAAUUGUACUGUCUUCGGAUUCCGAGGCCGAGGAGGAGGAGGUGCGGGUCCGUGAGCAGGUGGAGGAGGAAGAGGAAAAUGAAGUGAGCAGACCACGUAAGUCUAAAAAGAAACAUAAGAAACACCACCACGGGGACUAUCGUUUCGGGAAAAAACACAAGAAAAGGUCGAAACAGGGGAGUGGGGCAAUAUUUCUGUGGGCUAAAAAGGAAGAGACGAAAAUACUGAAAGUAUUCUGCGAGGAUUACGAUCCGGGUAUCAAAUUGACCAAGACCAACGGUGUGUGGAGUUCUUGUCCCAGGUCUAAGGUAUUGGCGGCCGCCCAAUCGCGUUCGUCCGUCUGCGUAGACGUCGGCGAGUCACAAAACGCUUGCAACGAGUCGGUCGAGCAGAAAACACGACUGGUCGAUCGAAUUAAAGAAAGUCCAAAAUCCGACCAGCCAAUACUCGUCGACCUCAACGACAACUCUAUCGACUUUGUUGACACUAUAUCUAGCGAGGAGGACGAAGACGAAGUACAGACAAGGGCCAGAAUCGACCGAGCGCUCGAGAUGAUCGAACGGGACCCGGCAUUGAUGAGCGACGUGAAGAUUCCGUGUCCAACCAUCGACGCGACAGCGGCCAUCAAGUUACCCGAAGGUACGACAAUCCAUCAGAUCAAGGUCGAGAACGUCUCGAUCAACGGGGCCGUUUCCGGGACGACGCCGCCACUGUUAUCACCCAAUACGCCGCCGGUGCAGCGCAAGUUGGGCGAGGUGACCAUUACGUCGCAGCUGCAACAGCAAAACGAACCGUUGAACCUGGAAACCGUAAGUAAGCGAUCUGCAUUGGAAAUACGAUUACAGGAACCACCGCUUAAGAGAAAACGCGUAGACAAGCUGCCCGCGAAACAGCCGUUGGUCGACGAGCAGGUAAAACGAGAACGUGAUCCGCUGUCCGAGCUGAAGGAAGUGCUUUCAAACCCCGGGCUGUGCGUGCCCGACCCGUUGCUCGUGCCCAGGGCCAGGCUGGCCGCCCUUGUGGCCAGCCCGGCUACAGAAAUUCCGAAACUCUUACGAAAGCCGUCGAUGAUGCCGCCACCACUCCAGGACCAUGACCUGUUUGCCGUCUCCCUGUCGCAUCUGCGGUCCAUUUUGCUGCUGCAACCGGGCUACACGGACGACCGCAAGUCGGAAAGUAACCAACCGUCGAACAUUGAUCAAAUGUUGUGGAUGUCGUACCUAUCGAAAGACGUGGCCGGCGUCGACUCCGACCUGAUAUCCUCCAUGUUGAGCCUCCUAUUACCCAACUCGACAACCACUCAACAAUCGUUUAGCUACCCUCAAGAUAAAAGCCAAUGGAACGAAAUUUAUUUCGACGGCAAUAUCGAACCGUCAUACGGUUCCACGCCUGGCUACAGCAAAUCUGAUGAUUAUUGUGCGUCGGUAUCGCCACUUCCGCCGCCACCACCGCCACCACCGCCACCGCCACCGCCACAGAUAUUACCACCGCCACAGCAGUCGCAUCCACUGUUAUUACCACCGUCACAGUCACAAAUAUUACCACCACCAACAGUUGCACAACCCCCAAUAUUAUCACCACAACAGCCUCAGAAACACCAACAAUCACAACUGUUGCCACCGCCACACGUGCAGCAGCAGGUGCCGCGACUUUUGCCCAAGCGCCACAACACGACGCCACAACUGCGGUUGCCGUCACAUCCACAGCAAAUUCCACAACUGUUGCCGUCACAUCCACAGCAAAUUCCACAACUGUUGCCGUCACAUCCGCAGCAAAUGUCACAGCUGUUGCCGUCGCGUCCACAGCAGUUAAUGCCACCACAGCUACAGCAACCGGUCCUGCACCGUCAGUCGAAACGACGCGCUUGUCAAGGGGUAUGCUGCAACGGGUCACCGUCAUCUUGUUACGGGGGUAGCUGCUGCCCCAAAACGGGCAGUUGUCAUCCCUUCCCCGCAGCAUCCCCCAACGGCUGCAAUCCGUACACCGUGUCUCCCGGCGACUGCAAUUCGUUCACCGCGACUCCUGCUGCCAGUUGCCUUGGUGGCAAUCCAAAAACAUGUGUCCCGUACGUUGCGCCAGGCGUGAUGCCAACUUGUUACUUUCCAUCUGAAAUAGGUUGCCCGUACAACGGCCAAUCUCCGUCGCCAAUGCCUCCGCGAAAUACAUCCGUAUCACCUCGCAACCGCGCUCAAUACAACUACCAAUCCGGUCCGGGGCAACAGCUACAGUCGAUGACGGAAGGUGGCAAUGGCGUCAGCGGCUAUUGCAUUGGGGUCACCAGCUGUAGCAGUGGCGUCGUCGGCUGUGGCAUUGGCGUCACCGGUUGUAGCAGCGGCGUCACCGGUUGUAGCGGCGGCGGCACCGGCUGUAGCAGUGGUAGUGGCGUCGCCGGCAGUAGCAGUGGCGUUUCUGGCAGUAACAGUGGCAUUUCCGGCAGUAACAGUGGCAUUGCCGGCAGUAACAGUGGCGUCAACAGCAGUAGCAAUGGCGUUGCUGGCAGUAACAGUGGAGUCAACAGCAGUGUUAGUGGUGGCACCGUUAACGACAUCGGAAUAGACUAUCAAUUUUCGACUACGGCCAAUAAACCGAAAACGCCACUGCCCGCGACUCCUACCAGCAGCGGUGACGCCGGUCAGCCGGUGUACAGGCCCAAAAUCAAAGUCAAAGAGCAUUUGAUCGACCCGAACGCGAAACCGAGACUUUUGAACAUCGAAGGUGCCCUUCAUCUGGCUGCAGGGCAUGACCUGUUCAGUUCGUCUCUAUGGCACCCAUUGUUCGGCAGCCAAGCAAAGCCGUACGGCUGUCGGUGGCAAUGGACAACUCCAGUCACCACGUCCGCUUCGACUUCUUCAGACGACACGACUGCCGACACCAAACGUUGA